UAAUUGUCAUAUAUUUUGGAUUACUUUCCAAAAUGAGAAUGAAAAGUGUCCCCCUUUUUGGCCUCUUCCUUGUUCUUGGUGUCCAGCAUGUAAUCUCAGAAUCUCCUCUCCCAAAGGACGAUCACGGGGAGUGUGGAUUCUCCAGUGACGAGAAAGAUUCGUGUGCCUUAUAUUGCUAUAGGUCUAUGAAACUCGGUCUAGCUUAUAUAAUUGAGUUGAAAGAAAAAAUCAAAAUACUCGAAGAGAAUCAUUCUGAGAGGGAAAUUAGUCAACUAAGCAAAGUAGUUGAGAAUUUGCAAAGUAAAAUUGAUCAACAGAAUAUACAGAUAGCUAAUAUUAACGAUUUUAUCACAAACUCAGUCAGGCAGAAAGAGGUAGAAGAGAAAGCCGAAUCUCAAACUGAGAUAGACAAUUUUAAGAGAAAAGUAGACCAAUUGAAAGAGAAUUUAGAAAAUGUUCAACGUCAAGCAGAGAAAGAUAAGGAAGAAAGCUUAGCUGAACAAAGAAAUAGAAAUAGAGAAAUAGAGAAUCUAAAAGCGAGAUUAGCUAACCAAAAAUCAGAUUUAGAUAAAGCAAUUAAAGACCUCGAGUCGAAAAACAAGGAAUUUGAAAAAUAUCAGACUAAGGAAAAGAAUUCCAGCAACAAAAUUGGAGAAUUGAAUUCUGAAAUCUCAUCAUUAAAGAAAAAGUUAGAAGAAUCUGAGAUUCAGUUGAUUGAUUCGAAUCAUUUAGUUGAAAAACAUUCCCUACAACUAAACCAAACUAAGGAAUAUUUAAUCGAGUGUCAGAAGAGAAUACCAAAAACUGGUUGCAAAGGCCUCUCUUCGGGAAUUCAUCAAAUUGGGAUUCCCGGGAUUGAUCCGAUUUCUGCUCUCUGCGAGGGAGAUAUAGAAGGUGGUGGGUGGAUAGUUAUUCACAAACGAUUUGAUGGCAGCGUAGACUUUAAUAGAACUUGGACUGAGUAUCGCAAUGGGUUCGGAAACAAAAAAGGAGAAUUUUUUAUUGGUCUGGAGAAUUUGCAUCGUAUUACCAAUCCCCAAACCUAUGAACUUUAUGUGCAAUUGGAAUAUCACAAUAAACCUUUCCAAUUUGCUAGUUAUGAUAAUUUUAGAAUUGGCAACGAAACUGCAAAAUAUAAGUUGGAGUCGUUGGGAGAGUUUAAAGGAACAGCUAGUGAUGCUAUGGAGUACAAUUUAAAGCAAGCAUUUUCCAGUUAUGAUCAAGAUAAUGAUCAAUGGGAUAGUAAUUGUGCUCAAAUUAAUGGUGGCUGGUGGCACAGACGUUGUAGUUAUACCCGCCUCAACGGAAAAUAUUUUAAUACGGAAGUCGAAGAAUUUUAUAGUAUGAGCUGGUGGAACUAUAUUUCUCUCAAAUCUGUCCAGAUGCUUAUCCGACUAAAAUAAAGGUGGACUUCAUUUCAAAAUCAAGGAAAAUCUGACGAAACUAUGCAAUCAAAAAAAAAAAAAUUGAUUUUUUAGCAACAAAACAAAUAAUUUUCAAAUAUAACUUCUGGACUUGACUACUUCUGUUUUGACUAAUUGUUACAUAACAUUUGCUGUCUGCCUAAAAGAAUAUUUACUGUAUUUUUAAUGAAAAUGUAAUCUUACUUUUUGCAACUUA